AUGGGUCGAUACGGAGCCUAUGAUCUUUACGUUGCGCCUUUUGUGCGUGAUUUCACGGUGCUCUUGCCGAUGGUGGCGGUGUGGUUCGUUCUGCAGUGGGCGAUGCCGUCUUUGUACACGCGAAUAUUUGGUGCGUACUUUACACGACUGUCUCCAAAGAAGCGAGAGGAUGUCGUUGUGCGCAGUGUGAGUGUUCUCAACAGUUUUCUGAUGACCGGCGCGGCGGCCUGCUUUCUUUCCAACCUCUAUGCUCAUAACUUUACAUUGCCUGGUGAGUAUUAUGGGGAUAUUCCCGGUUAUUGCUUUUUUCGCAUUUCCAUCGUUUCCUACUUUGUCUGGGACAUCGUUGUCUGCUUCAUGUAUGGCUGGGGAGAGCUGUGGAAGAUACACGCCAUCGCCAGCUUAUUAGGGGCGUAUCUUUUAUCCUUCCCCUUCUCGGAUCACUACGCAUCGUACUUUACAGGUAUGUUUGAGCUGAGCAACGCCCCGCUGCAUCUCUCCGUCAUUAUGCGGACCCUUGACGUCAAGGCGCUUAAUCCUUUUGUCAUGGCCAUGGAAGGAGCAUUUGCGUUACUUUUUGUCGUCAUUCGUGUACUUGGCGGUACCAUCGUGGCGGCCGCGUGGUUGAAGUUGAGUUGCAUUCGACUGGUGGCAAAUUACUACACCGGCGGACGGCUGCUGCACGGCGAGGUUCCAGUCGUGAUAGCGAUGACGCUUAUUGUAGUGAUUCAGUUGCUGCAGUACAUUUGGUGUGUGGAGGUUGUGAGAAGAGUCAUUGAGGUCCUUGCGCCCUCCGCAACGACGAGGUGGAAGGCGAAGCAGGUCCGCACAGAUGCCAUUCAGCUCGACAAAUGA